AUGGAAGGAGUGAAAGAGGAGCAGUGGCUCUCAGCUUUCUCGGCUCUUCCAGAGGCUGUAAAAUCAGCGAAGCAAGUUGAGACCGCGCUUGCUUCUACGUUUGCUCCUAGAUACGGUCCAGAUGGCACUCUGCGGUUGGCUCAUGGUGGAGGUGGGUUGGGGCGCACAGGAGGACGAUUUGGGGAGAGGAGCGGCAACCUUGGUGGCAGCGGUGGUGGCAGUGGUGGCGGUCGUGGGGAUGGUGGCGGAGACGGUGUCAGUGUCCCCAAGUUUGCUCUGCGCGGCAGUGGUACCAACCCCAGUAGUGCCAUGAGCAAUGGGAUUUGCAAUAGCAAUGUGAUGGUGGGAGCGCGUGGCACCGACAGUAGCCUUUUCAGCAGCACUGGCACCAACUCGGCGAGCAAGGCUGGGAAAAAGAGGAAAAGCCCAGAGCGCCCCACAGACUGCACUACAGCCGCUCACAUGCGGCAGCAGCACGCCAGGCAGACUUCCCGUGCCUGCUACAGCCGGAGCGCACUCGGGCUGGCCCGGGCCUCGUCUGCUCAGCCGAAGCCAGAGGGACCCCCUGCUGAAGGGGCUUCUAUCCCGGGCGCUGCCGUGGCUGCUGAUGCUCGUAUCAUGAGCACUACCAUAGUUGACCCUCAUAUCCCGGUGCCAGAUGCGAGGGCCAACCAGAGUGAUGUGCGGGAAAUCAUGCGCACAAAGGAGCGCGUCGACAUGACUUUAGAGUCGACUCAAAAGUCACCUCGGGAUGAGCGCAUGGUGAGGUAUGAGAGCGGGACCAACGGGCGCACAUGCGACGUGCACGACGAGUGGUGCACGGACGAUGUUUUGGAUGAUCCCAAGGGCCGUGAGCGCAGCGACAUGCAUGGCGAGUGUGGCACGGACGACGAGCGGUUGCCUCGAUGCCAGGACAUCCGGAAUGGUUCGGCGCCAAACCAGAGGAUCAAGAGCCGGAGCAUGGCGGAGCGGCGGAGGAGGGAGAGGAUCAGCGAGGGGCUGCAGAGGCUGAAGGCGAAGGUGAGGGGGCGAGGGGACACAUGUGCUAUGCUGGAUAGAGCAGUGAGAUAUGUAGAUGCAUUGGAGAGGAGAGUGAUGGAGUUAGAGCGGGUUGUGAUGGCGGCUGCUGGAUCUGGGAGGAACGUUUUCCCGGGCAAUGUGUUUGCUGGUGGUGCUUUUGCUGGUCGCUGUUUUGCCGGUAACGCUCUUGCUAACAAUGUUGCAGCGCUGACGUCGAUACCGGCUGCAUUGGCCUCGGUCCCGACUGGCCUUGGGAGUGACGGUGUUGCUAUCUGGCCUUGGGAGUGA